CACCUGCGAAGAAAGCUGCUGUCUACCGGAAGCGAAUCAACGCCAUCGUCGCCUAUAAAUAUUUACCGUUUGUCAGUCCGAACAGCCACAUUCGAGUUGGUCGGGGGGUGUUUAAAUCCUAACAGUAGUGGGAUUAACGUCACUUUAAAGGACACAGACAGCAUCAAAACUGGCCCCGCCACUACCCGUCACCAUGCCUGCCCUGCUGGAGAGACCAAAGCUGUCCAACGCGAUGGCACGAGCCCUCCACAAGCACAUCAUGAGGGAAAGGGAACGCAAAAGACAAGAGGAGGAAGAAGUGGACAAAAUGAUGGAGCAGAAGAUGAAGGAGGAGGAGGAGAGGAAGAGGACCAAAGAAAUUGAAGAGCGGAUGUCCUUGGAGGAGACCAAAGAACAGGUAAUGAAGAUGGGCGAGAAGCUUCAGGGUCUCCAAGAAGAGAAACAUCAGCUGUUCCUACAACUGAAGAAGGUUCUCCACGAGGAGGAGAAGAGACGCAGGAAGGAGCAGAGCGACAUCACCACGUUGACAUCAGCCAGCUACCAAGCCAGUCUCCCCAUGCACGCCGGCCAGCAUCUCCUCAGCAUCCAAGGCAGUCCAGUCAGCCAUAGUCGACCCGGUGCACUGCUUGGAGAACGGAGUAAACAACUUUUCCCAACCGCCGUUCUUCCCACUCGCCACUAUCAAACACCUGCCUUCAGUUCCGGCUCGGCGGAGCACGGGCAGUUCAGCGGGGCCCAAGGGGUCCAUGAGCCCUACGGGGUGACACAGGCCCAGCAUCCCGCCACCUAUGCCCCCGGACCAUCUGUACCCGUCAGCUUUGCCAACAACUCUCAGAUCAGGGGAGCAUCCGCAUUCCAGGCGAUGCAGUAUCUUCCCCACCAGCAGCCUGGCUACCCUGUCCACAGUCACUUCACAUCUCAGCCCGGCUACAUCCCAGGAGCAGGAAUCCCUCUCCAGAAGCAGUUGGAACACGCCAACCAGCAGUCAGGCUUUACCGACGCAGGUGCUCUGAGGCCCUUGCACCCCUCUACCAUUCACCCCUCGGCCCAAGGCUUGCUCCCAACGCCGUCCAUGGCCGUCCAGAUUCCCACUGCCAAGGCUUCAUUCCAGAGCUCGCCGCAAGCCACCCCUCGCCACGGCUUCCUCCCUCACGCGCCGAGUAGUCAGAGGUUCUAUCACCACGCCAAGUGACUCUUCCAUGCCUCCAUAUUUGUAUUUCUUUUCACCAAGUCCAUCUUCCAGUGUUUAUAUUCUAGUUCUUUGAAUUAAAAAACAACACAACACAACAAACUAGCCUUGGCUAACAUAAUCAUGGAUUAUUAUUAUUAUUAUAAUAUUAUCAUCUGCUUCUCUAGGCAUAAUAUCACAACUUUAUUCUACCUUGCUUAUUAAAAUGCUCAGCAACUCCA